AUGGCAGACGACAAGAGUAGGAAGCAGGCCACACUGGGGAGAUUCUUCGGUUCCAAUUCCGAUGGCAAUCAAGCCCCGAAGAAGCAGACUACACUAUCCUUUGGUGGAAAUAGGCAAAGAGCCAGCAGUAGUACUGAAGACAAAUCUGCUGAUGCCCCAGUCAAACCCGAAUUGGAGGAGGUGAUUGACCAAAAUGGGACUGAGCCCUCCAAAGGAUUGAAGCGCGAAAAGGCCGAAGAGGCAGAGGAAAAUGAUGACUCUGAUGUUCAGCCAGUAUCAAAGCGUCGGCGAAAAACCACGAAGGAUGCAUCAUCCCCUGCACGGAAGGAAGUGUCGACGUCACCCAAGAAAUCCGCUUCUCCUAAGCCCAAGAAGACGAAAUCACCUUCGCCCAAGCCUGUCGUGAAUGAAGCGCCAAAGGAGGAGCAUACAUCAGAUAUGGACGAAGAGGAAGCACAGUCUGCAAGUGAGGAGGAAGAGGAAGUGAAGCCUGAGGCCAAAAAGAGAACCAUCGCAAAGGUGCAGGCGACCUUGAAAGCCACCGGCUUGGACCCAUACCCCGACUGGAAAGCUGGAGACCCCGUUCCUUAUGCCGCGCUCUGUACCACAUUCUCCAAGAUUGAACUCACCUCAAAACGCCUGGAGAUCCUGGCGCACUCCUCCCUCUUCCUCCAGCAAGUCCUGCGCCUGACCCCCAAUGAUCUUCUCCCGACUGUCCAGCUCAUGAUCAACAAAUUGGCCGCCGAUUAUGCGGGCAUUGAACUCGGUAUCGGAGAGUCGCUGAUUAUGAAGGCUAUCGGGGAGUGUACUGGUCGUAGUUUGGCUGUCAUCAAGACUGACCAGCACGAAAUUGGUGAUUUGGGAUUGGUCGCUGCGAAAAGUCGAUCCAACCAACCCACUAUGUUCAAGCCCAAGGCCUUGACUGUUCGAGGAGUGCACGAAGGCCUGCUGGGCAUUGCCAAGGUUCAAGGCCACGGGUCCCAGGACAAGAAAAUAUCCGGCAUUAAGAAGCUUUUGUCUGCUGCCGACGCUGCGACUGCUGGAAAGGGCAGCAAGGGUGUGGACAUCACGAAAGACAAGGGUGGCCCAAGUGAGGCCAAGUUCAUCGUCCGCUUCUUAGAGGGCAAAUUGAGAUUAGGACUUGCAGAGAAGACUGUUCUUGUCGCCCUUGCACAAGCAAUUAUCCGUCAUGAGGCCAGGGCCGCAGGCGAGAAAGACCCCUCUCUCGAGAAACUGGCUGAAGGCGAAGCCAUUCUCAAGCAGGUCUACAGCGAGCUGCCUUCCUACGAGGUUAUCAUACCGGCUAUGCUGAAACACGGACUGUUCAAUCUACAAACCGUGUGCAAGUUGCAGCCAGGUAUUCCUCUGAAGCCCAUGCUUGCAAACCCUACGAAGUCCAUUACUGAGGUUCUUGAUCGCUUUGAAGGAAAGGAAUUUACCUGCGAAUACAAGUACGAUGGAGAGCGAGCUCAGAUCCACUUUGUGGCGCCAGAUAAUAUUCACAAGUAUCCUGAGUCCAUUACGACCCUGCAAAAGGAUGCCAAGGGACACGCAGCAAUCUUCUCUCGAAAUUCUGAGGAUCUCUCCAAGAAGUAUCCGGAUAUUCUCGCCAAGCUUGGCAGUUGGGUGAAGCCCGGCGUGAAAAGCUUUGUUCUGGACUGCGAGACUGUCGCUUGGGACACUGUCACUAAAAAGGUGCUGCCAUUCCAGCAGCUGAUGACCCGCAAGCGGAAGGAUGUGAAAGCGGAUGAAGUCACGGUCAAAGUCUGUGUCUUCGCAUUUGAUUUACUAUUUUUCAACGACGAGCCCUGCGUUAAGAAGUCUCUUCGAGAGCGUCGGCAUAUUCUGCAUAAUUCAUUCCAAGUGGCUGAGGGUGAAUUCCAGUUUGCGCAGUUUGGUGAUACCAACGUCCUCGAUGAGAUUCAGAAUCUGCUGGAAGACAGUGUCAAGGCAUCAUGCGAGGGUCUGAUGGUAAAGAUGCUUGACACCCUUGAAAGUGGCUACGAACCAAGCAAACGCAGUCGCAACUGGCUCAAGGUCAAGAAAGAUUAUCUCGCAGGCGUUGGAGACUCACUUGAUCUGGUCGUUCUUGGUGCUUACUAUGGUCGAGGAAAGCGCACAUCAGUGUAUGGCGCUUUCUUGCUAGCUGCCUACAACCCGAACAACGAAAAGUACGAAACCAUCUGCAACAUUGGCACCGGCUUCUCGGAGGCAGCACUUGAAGAGUUCCACCAAGUUCUGAGUCCUUUGGUCAUCGACCGACCAAAACCCUUUUACAUUCACUCGAGUGUACCUAAAGAUCAGCCUGAUGUGUGGUUUGAGCCACAGCUGGUCUGGGAGGUCAAGACCGCUGAUUUGACGUUGAGCCCGCGGUACAAGGCUGCCUCAGAUGAAUUUGAAGGAACCACAGGAGGCGGCAAGGGUGUUUCUCUCCGAUUCCCUCGAUUCAUCAAAUCGCGUGAUGACAAAAAGCCGGAGCAAGCAACUACCACCCGUGCCGUUGCAGAAAUGUACCGCAAGCAAGAGGCGGUCACGAAGGAAACAUCUGGUAAGAAGGGUGUCGACGAUGAUUUUGAGUAUUAG